AACUCUUGCCAGAGCGAUAGGAUGUAAUGCAAAAGUCAGCGUGAGGUGUGCGCUGUGAUUUAAUAGGCACAGCUGUCCGCUGGGAGAUGACACACCGUCACACUCACCAAUACAACUGGGGACAGGGAAGGCAAGCGAGCAAAACAGAAAGAGAGCGAGAAAGCAAGAGAGACACACACAGAGAGGUCAGAGUGUUGAUUUGGAUUCAACAGAGGAGCAGAAAUAAAGUCAAAUCAAGCAGGAGAAAAGGGAAAAUAGAAACAAAGGCGAAAAACAGCAUGAAGAAAAAUACAAGAGACAGAAAGACAGGCUGAGAGACAGUGAGAGAGCUACAGAGAGAGAGAGCGAAAGAGAAAGAGAGAUAGAGGCAGAGCUCCCUAACUCCAGUGAUUCCCAGACUGGCUGGCUGGCAGUAAGCUCCGUGCUCUGAUCUGCCCGCUCUGAUAGGGUUUCAUGCCCGUGCAGGCAGUGGUGGGGAUCCUGAGGCCAACACAAGUUUCUGCUGCUGAUCUCAGCCUCUCUAAUUCUUUCCUAUUGACCAUAUCAGCCUACACAGUUGAGACUCAGGACAGCUAAUCUCAACCUUACUGACGGCUAAUGGAUCAUCAACCAAUGACAGUCCAUAGAAUCCAAAAAGGGAGCUAAAAGAAGAUCGAACGCAAGCGGCCUAAGGAACGAUUGGCAGAUAUGAGAGUGGUACUGGUGUGUGCCCUCCUCUCCCUCCUGUCUUUGUCACACGCCUGUCCAAAGGAGUGUAGCUGCAACAUCAACACUAAAGUAGUAGACUGCAGAGGUCGAGGCCUAUAUGACAUCCCCCGACGACUGCAUCCAGACACCCAAGAACUGUAUCUCCAAGAUAACCGUAUCAGGGGGCUGGGAUCAAUGGCUUUCCGAGAAAUACCCCUUGUCCGCAUUCUCGACCUAUCUAAUAACUCUAUAACAUCUGUUUCACCAACUGCUCUGCUGGGUCUCAGAACCCUACAGCGCCUCAGCCUCUCCUACAACAGCCUGAGAGAGCUUGACAAACGGUUGCUUGGACCUAUUCGCUCGCUUUCACACCUUGACCUCUCACACAACAGCCUAUGGGGUUUGUCUGGAGCCAUGGGGGACAGUUUGAGGAACCUUAGCCACCUGGGGCUAGCGCACAACAGGCUAACACGAUUGGACCGUUCCCUGUUGGAGGCCCUGACCCGCCUGGACAGCCUCACACUACGAGGCAACCCCUGGAGGUGUGACUGCCAGCUCAUUGGCCUGAAACUCUGGCUGGAGACCUACCUCUUUAAAGGUGGAGUGGUGGAUGAAGUGCUUUGCUCCCAGCCAGAAGACAUGAGGGAUAGAGACCUGCAGAAAGUCCCUUACCAGCUCUUCCAUGCCUGUAUGACCACAAGCUACCAUUACCUGUUUGCUAACAUACACCACCUGGAGUCUGAGAAGCUACUGCGAGGCCACACCCAUGGCAACCAUGCUCAUCCCUCUAGCCACGCUCUCCAUGUCCCCAUGGCAAUGGGGGAGGGUUUUGGUGGCGGGGGAGGAGGAGGAGGAGGGAGUAUGCCAGAGUGUGAACCUAAGCAGAGGCAGCGGCCUGUCAACCUGCGCCACGCAAUUGCCACAGUGAUCAUCACUGGCGUAGUGUGUGGGAUAGUGUGUCUGAUGAUGCUGGCUGCAGCAGUGUAUGGCUGCGCCUACGCUGCUAUCAUGGCCAAAUAUCAGCGGGAGCUAAAGAAGAACGAGGAGUUGGCAGCAGCGCAGGGGGCAGAUCAUGCCACAGCAGAUGACAAGGAACCACUGGAGAAUGCAAUCGCCUAGGAGAUGAUAACGUGAACCCUGGACAUAAAACCUGGGCCUCAACCCUUUAACCUAAUUGUCUCUGGAUGCGGUGUGUGUUAAUGCAUAUGUGUUUGUGAAAAAAGAAGAGAAUGAGAUUCUUUUUGUGUGUGUGUGUGUGUGUGUGUAUGUUCACCUCCUUUCUGAGACUUGGGUAGCUAAAUUCCCAGGUAUUUGACUAUGCACUGAUGAGAAGAUUAUCUUCUACUGUAUGUGGGUUCGAGGGGCAGGCCAAAGAAUCCAAAAGGAAUCAAUUCCAUUUUGUCUGAGAAAUGCAUAUCAAAGAUAUGAACAAAUUGCUAUAUAUUUAUAAUUGUGUAUUUGUAGGUAUAAUAGUAAAGCUUGGUAUUUAUAAAAUGGAUUUCAGAGUUUGGUUGUCUUUUGGUUGUUGUUCAUAAUUCUGAGUCUGAUUUAGAGUAAUUUUGAAAACUCAUAGUAGGCAGCUGCUGUCAGUUAAGUUCUGUUCUAAGUUGUUUGUAUCACUGAUGUGAGAGUCUGAGAACAAGAAUGAGUGUUUGUGUCAGUGUGUCAUUCGUGCUUGAGUGUGUGUGUGUGGAGAUGUUUACUGUAUGCACAUAUUUAUAGAGAAUUUAAGAGUCUGUGCCUAAUAUAACGUGAUAGUUUUGAGGAGGAAAUAUGUUUUCUUAAUGGAUAUUUUUCUGACAACUGAAGUGAAGAUGGGAAAUUCGUUGAAGCAAUAAUGAAACAAACUAAAACGUAAACGACAACAAAACCUGGACUCAGCCUUGUUGUUUUUCUAUGACUUUACAGAUUCAUAAGCCUGAAUUAUCAUCCUGCUGCACACAGGCACACAAACUUUUAGAUCUUAGUUUUUGAGAUCAGUUGAGUCUUGUUUGUGAGUUAAUGCUGAUCAUAUAAUGAUAGUCAUGUCCUUCAGUAUGUAUUCUAUAAAAUAAAAGGGAAACUUUUUACCUGA